UACAUCCGGGAACUUCCCAUUCUUCCCUUUCGGCCACUUCCGCCUUCAGUUGCUCCUUCCAAGAUGGCGACCAUAACAGAGUUGAAAGCAGUUUUAAAAGAUACGCUGGAGAAGAGGGGGACGCUAGGACAGAUAAAAGCGAGGAUCAGAGCUGAAGUCUUUAAUGCGCUGGAUGAUCAAAGCGAACCACGGCCAUUGUUGUCCCACGAGAAUCUUCUAAUCAAUGAGCUGAUCCGUGAAUACUUGGAAUUUAACAAGUACAAAUACACUGCUUCCGUUCUAACAGCUGAAUCUGGUCAGCCUGAAGUUCCACUGGACCGGGAAUUUCUUGUUAAUGAACUGAAUGUAGUUGAAGAUCCCAGCAGCAGAUCAGUGCCACUUCUGUAUGGUAUUAUAACCCAGCUGUUACAUGGUAACGAGGAGAAGAUUUGCCAUACAUUGCCCAGAGCAUCGUCCUUGCAGUUUGCAAAGUGGAACCUCAGCAAGCCAUCCAACCAGAGGAAUCAAACAGGCACUGCUGUGGAGCCAGGACAUACGGCUGACAUGAGGCUUGAAGAUACUUUUGCUUCACAGGGCAUACGCAGAUGAAAUAAACAGAUGAAAUAAACAAUCACAUUUUUCAUGCAAA